AUGGAUCUAGUACAACUUAGGGUGUUUCUUUUAAAUUUACUGGCUAUUUGCCUUGUGUUUGUAACAUUACAACCACCGUUGGCUUAUCAGCACACACCUCUCAUCCAGCGAUUGUUUCCUGGCUUCCACGGUCACACAUACCAUGGGCGAGACGUAUUCUCUCUUAUUUGUGACCAGUUAUGGCACUUUUGGAGAAAUACUGGUGAAACCCCAAACUCAUUGUUGCAAUUGGUGAGGGAUUUAACCCCGAGGAUGACUCAACUUAAGGUGCACGGCGUUCCGCGGAUGAGAUUAAGGCGUCAAAACUUAAAUCUGACUAAUCAGAUAUUGCUAGUUUUUAUCUGGCUUAGAAAAUAUCCUCACAUUGACAACCUAGCGUUAUUGUUUGAUGUAGAUCCUGCCACUAUUGUUCGUAUAAUUUACAAGAUCAUACCUGAGCUAUGGCAAUAUUUCCAUAACCAAAUCAGCUGGGCUAACAAUCUAGAAUGGCUAAAUAUGAUGGGAAACUGGCCAGAGUUUCCUAGUGCUGUUGGGUCGAUUGACUCGACUCCACAUGAGAUUUAUCGUCCGAUAACGGAACCGCAGCGACUGUUUUAUAGUGGACAUCGACACUAUCACUGUUUUAAUACGCAGCUUAUCAUAGACAUCCAAGGACAUUUACGCCACGUACACACAGGUUUUAUGGGAAGUAUGGCCGACGCAAAUUCCUACAGACACAUGCUUCCCAUUGGACCUGGGUUACCACUGGAUAUACCUCCUGGCGCACAAUUCUUGGCCGAUAAAGCUUAUCCAGAUGGUGGAGCGCUGUUAACGCCCGUCAGGGCUAACCAGAUGCAUUUACUAAACAACAGAGGUAGACGACGUGCGCGGAAGUUAUGGAGACAUCCACGAUGGUUGAUGCCUGUAUGCAUCGAACUUUGCACUUUCUUGGCAGAAAGACGCGUUAGACUUUUUGAAAGAAUUUAA